AUGUGUAGAAAGUAUGCCAAGUACAAACCAAUCCCUAUGAAAUCUCGACAAAGUUCUAGCGUGUCUCCUUACUUCCGAGUGUCAUCUCAUCCAUUCUUCACCACCGGGACUGGUUGUUUCAUUCGUGAGCCGCGUGAAGAAGAUGUCAAGGAGCGAAGAUUUGGCUUCUGUUUACAUUUAUGGAGUGGUGUUGAGCGCUUGCGUCUUGUCUUGACGGCCAAAAUGAAUAGUCGUCAAAGUGACAUGAUACCCUCGACGAGUGCCUCCACGCCUUCUAUGGAGAAUCUGAAAGAACAACCAAUCAGUUCAGGUGCUUCCGCUCAAAAGGUUUCGGAAGUCUUCUUGGCUGCUGGGCAAGCUUUUCAGAAGUUGGGUGGACUUAUUGCAAAUUUGCAUAAUCCAAAAAAUGGAGUCGAGAGGAAAUGGACAAGUUCGGAUACCAGUAGUUUGCAUGACGCGGUUUCGCGUUUUGCAAGCGAUUUGCAGCGCAUCAGUGAAACAGUUCAAGGAAGAGAAGUGUAA